CCUACGUUCACCUACCCUUCCUUAUUGCGUUCGUGGCGCUUGCCUGUGGAUAGCAUAUUGAGCUAAUGCUCAGCGUUUCGCCUCCAAGCGCACCUGGUCUGGGAGGUCCACCUUUUGGGAGUAAGCUUUCACCGGUACUCGUAGCGGCAGCCAGCACGAACAGCCUCGUCAAGACAAUGGCGAAUAUGACAACCGCAGAGAUCAAAAGCCAAGCCUUGGAGUCUGUUCAGAGGGAAACGAGAGGAGCGGCUCCCAUUAACCUCAUUAAAACGGCCCGUAGGCUGUAUGACCAAGGGAAGGAAUACGACGCCGUCGGCGAUCUCAAGUCUGCGCUGAGUGCCUACGUGAAAGCUGCUAGCCUUAUCAAAGGUGCAACUGACUCUGCUGAGAUGCGGGCAGAGAGAGGUGGUGGUGUCGUUCACAAGGAAUUCAACGACUUCAAACCUAUACUCAAUGAUCUCAUACCACGAACGAAGAUAGUAGAAGAGAAGCUGAAGGCGACAGAGGUACAGGCUUCGAGCCCAGGCGAUGGCCCGAUACACAAAUAUGGAGGAUCUCUUGCUGACCGAUUGCAAGCACUGCGAGACAAUGGCUUAACUGUCAAUACAACAUCUAAACGCUUGUCACUCCAGCAAACAUCUCCAGUACAGUCACCGCCGUCUCCUAGUCGCGCUGUGCGUCAUUCCCAGCCACCGCCGCUACCGGCUCCGUCAACUUCGCUGUCCGUCGCGGCGCCAUCCGUGUCUCCACCCUCACCUCACUCUUUGGUGUCUCCUUCAUCGUUCGGUCCCCCAUCGCCCUCUUCGACGCCGUCGUCUUCCCCGCUCUCGUCGCAAUAUAACAUUUCCGAGUUCACCCAGACUUUUCCACCAAUUGAUGAAUUGGAUGAAGGUCCGGCGUUCCAACUGCCUUCGGUUCCCACUGGUAUCAGCAACAGUUCUAGCAGGUCUUCGAAAGAUAGUCGCAACGGCCUGUCACCGGUGUCUACCGGCUUUAGCGUCGGCUCUCCACACAAAUCAUCGUCUCCACUCAAGUCCCCGUCACCUUUGCCACAUGUCUUGCGUAACUUUACAAAUCCCAUCGAAAGGCCGUCAAGCACACCAAUCACUCCUAUAGUGAACUCGUUCACGAGCCGUCCGGGGUCACCAUCGAAGUCUACAGCGUCCCUGAAGCCUUCCAACCUCUCCUCAUCUUCCACUUCCCCAGUUCCGAAUGGCCAUCCUUCCUACGCUUCUCCUCUUUUGAACGGUAGCUUAUCCCCUGCUCCACUCAUCAAUGGCAAAUCAGUCAGCAAUUCUCUCUUUCCUAAAGAUCUAAUGGGGUUGCCGCCGGGCGCCAAAUUGCUUCUUAUCGACGUACGAGACAGAGCCGAUUUUCAAAAAGAACACAUUAAGCGUGAUGCCGUCAUUUGCUUAGAACCAACAAUAUUACGACGGAAAAGUAUAAAUGCGACGUCAUUGAUGGAAGCACUGAUCAUAAGUCCUCCCUCCGAAGUUAGUUUGUUCGCCAAUCGUGAAAAAUUCGAUUACGUUGUACUAUACGACUGGAACUCGACAAGCUUCGGCCCGUUAGACUCGCCACUUUCUGUCUUGGUGCAAACAAUCUAUGAACGGGAAUUUACUCGGAUGUUGAAGCAUGCGCCGAUCAUUCUUGUAGGGGGGUUAGAGGCUUGGAAGAAAGAAUUUGGCGACGCAGAGGUCACUAAAGGGGAUGGUGAAGUUGUGAAGCCUGUACCGCUUCCUUCAACAGAGUCGUUCACACUUGCCAAUGCACCGAUGGCUCAACCAUCGGCAAAAAAUCCUUUCGCGAAUGGUGCAAUCCCCUCUGUGCUGUCCUCGUCGUCUGCAGGUCCAAAUUUCAUUGAGCAACGUCAAGUUUGGACUCCAGCGCGAUCACGAGCUGACACUAACCCCAACAACAAUACUGUACGUGAACACCGGCCAACGUAUUCAUUAGACCAGACAUAUAAUCACGUUCGAUCGCCUGCUGAAAUCACCUAUCCCAGUCGUCCCCAACCCUCAGAUGGUCCCUCACAAUUGGUCAGAAGACCAGCGCUAUCCCGACCAGGGGCUCCUUCGUCUUCUUUUACCCGGACAUCAGACUCUCUGGUAUCCCCUCCCAUGUCUCCAUCAAUUUCAGGGGUCAAUGGAAUACCUAUCACUAACGGAAUGUCACCAAUAUCAUACCCUAAUUUCACUCGCCAUGUUUCUCCUGCUCCUCAGCAGCCCUUCGUACCAGACAUAGCUUCUCCCCCUCUGGCUUCUAUCAACUCAUCCCUCUCGAGAAGGAGAAGCGAUUACAUUGAUCAAACACAAGAGGCACUGGCUGGACUGCAUGAUUCCCAACUUGGACCAAUAGACUAUCCGGAGCUUACGACCGCACGACCGCUCAUCCGGCCACCCCCGGCCGCCGCAUCGAGCGCUCUGGACAGGCAAGAUAACCGGCCUCGCAUAAGUCGCCAGCAGUCAUUCCCUUCGCCUCCUGCUUCUUUGACUUCUCAAACCGGUGUUGCUGUACAAUCGCCUUCCCUUCCUGCCCAUACUAAUUCAUUAUCUUAUUGGUCGGAUGUCGAGAUCGGUAUGUCCGGGUUGAAGAACCUCGGAAAUACGUGCUACAUGAAUGCUCCUAUACAAUGCUUGAGUGCAACGGUACCAUUCGCUAGAUUCUUUACUGAUGGUCGAUGGAAACACGACAUAAAUAAGUACAAUAGGUUGGGAACGAAUGGCAAACUCAGCGGAGCGUUUGCCAAGGUGUUGCACGAUCUGUGGGGCCAGGAUCUGCCAUACUUGACACCUAUGGACUUCCGGAAAACGAUCGCUCAACUCCAGCCUCAAUAUGCUGGCACUGAACAACACGACUCGCAGGAGUUCCUUAGUUUCCUACUGGAUGGUAUACACGAAGACCUCAAUCGUGUCAAUUUGAAGCCGCCUGCGGUUACUCUUACACCACAGCAGGAGGCUGAGAUGGAGAAACUCCCCGCAUGUAUUGCCAGUGACAGAGAAUGGUCGCGAUGGAUGUCGCGGAAUAACAGCGUCAUUGCUGAUUAUUUCCAGGGACAAUUCCGGAAUCAACUGCAGUGCAUGACGUGUUCCACAACUUCAACAACAUAUAAUGUUUUCUCUAUCCUUCAACUUCCCAUUCCUUCCGGCAAGCGAGUAACACUACAACAAUGCCUCAACGCUCUUUUCAACGAAGAGAUCUUGGACAAAGAUGAUGCAUGGGAUUGUCCUAAAUGUAAAACCAAGCGAAAAGCGUCGAAAAAACUAUCUUUAGCACGAUCACCGCCGAUUUUGCUCAUACAUCUGAAGCGCUUCGAAGCCAAUGGUCGAUUCUCGGACAAGAUCGAUACGUUUGUUGAGUUUCCGCUGAAAGAUCUUGAUUUGACGUCGCGGAUGCCCGUCCCGCCUAACCAUGAAGCUCUGCUCAAUGGAGGUGUCGUUAUGUCGCCGAACGAUCCUCGAAGACAGAUGCCACCGUACAAGUAUGAUUUAUACGGUGUGACGAACCAUAUCGGCAAUUUAAGUAGUGGUCACUAUACUGCUUUGGUUCGUUCUAGCGGUCGGUGGAAGUACUGUGACGAUAGUAGUAUCAAGACUGUCGACGACAGAGACGUAGUGAGUCAGAAAGCCUACGUGUUGUUUUACAAGAGAAAGGCAUAAUUUACUCGCUUGGUUAUUAACAUUAUUCUUACCUCAUUCAUCGUUUGUGUUUGUUACCAUCGAUACUUCCGUGCUAUAACUAUGUUAUCAUCUGUAUAUUACACCUGCAUUAUAAACUUCGAAGCGAGGGGACUUCAUCUGGGGACUUCCAUCUUGUAUUUAAUUUUGUCG